AUGGAUUACGAGUGCACCAGUGGAUCAACUAGUGAUGGCAGUUAUUGUACAAAAUUUGCUAAUAAUACCCAUGUGUUUAUCGAUAAUCCACAUGAAAUGCUCGACCCGUUUCAUAUUAAUCCCGCAUUCCUGACAAUUGUGAUAACCCAUGCCAUCACAUUUAUUGUUGGGAUAAUCGGCAAUUCGGUAGUCAUAGCUACCUGGGCACGUGGCGGUAAACUGAGGUCAUCGACGGCCACUUUUCUCGUAUCACUGGCCUGUGCCGAUCUACUAUUGCUGGUCAUAUAUGUACCAUUGGAAACCCUGGAGUAUUUUGUUAUAACCUGGGAUAUUGAUGGCAAUAUAUGCAAACUAAGCUCGUUUGUCGAAAUGCUAUCGGGUAUGGCAUCGGUACUCAAUUUGGUGGCCGUAUCUGUGGAAAGAUUUUUGGUAAUUGUAUAUCCAAUACGUGCCCGGCGUUGGUGUACAGUAAGUAAAUCCCGGAGAAGCCUUAUAAUUGUAUGGAGUUUGGCCAUUGUAUUUGCAGCGCCUAUAGUUUUUAACAAGAACAUGUACUCCAUAACCUACUAUAACAAUGUUACCUCAUUGACGGCCUACUACUGCUGGGAAUCGGACGAUCACUGGGCACUGAUAAUAGCCGUCUAUCAACUGCUAACCCUGUUUGUCAUACCGGCCCUACUGAUGCUUGGCUGCUAUUUUUGUGUCAUACGUGAACUAUGGGUAUCAACCAAAGUAAUUACAACACUAACUGGCCAGUCGUUUACCGGUAACGGUAGUGUGACUAACAAUACCGCUACCACCACUACUAAUACGACAACAACGACCACUACUACGGGAACAGGAGGUAUGCGUAUACAUAAAGAUGGCCAGUCGUAUCUGGUUAGAUGGCAACCGUCUAAUAAUAAUAAUAAUAAUAAUAAACGACAUAAUCUGGCAGCAUCCCUGAGCUUUAAUUGUAAUCAUGGUUGCUAUAAUAAUAAUAAUAAUAAUAAUAAUACAACAACCUCUAGUACUACCGAUGCCUACCCGAGCUAUAACUCUAGUGUGGAUACCUUAAGCCAAGUUGAAUAUGAUUUUUUAAAUACAUCCUAUCAUCACUACCGUCACCAUCAUCAUAGCUACCAUAACCAUAACCACCAGCACCACCACCAGCAUCAUCAUCAUCAUCCUCAUCACUAUAACCAUAACCAUCAUCACAAUCAGCAUCAUAGUAGCACCAGUACUACAUUUCAGGCACAGUCAGUGCCUAACCGAUCGCCAGUUACCGAUAUUAGAAAUGCUAGAAAACAGCUAUACUUCCAGGUAAUCAAAAUGCUACUAUUUAUUGUUAUCAUAUUUCACGUUUGCUGGGGACCCCGUUUGAUUAUGAACGUUAUGAUUACCACUGGCCUAACCAAUUUCGAUCAGUUUACCUAUUCGGCACGGGUAGCUUUCUACCUACUGUCCUUUAUACAUUCAGCACUCAAUCCGUUUGUCUACGGGUUUAUGUCAUCAAAUUUUAGACGAAUGAUGAUAAACUCGUGUAACGGUCAUCACUCCCAGUGCCAUCAAAACGGUUCAAUUGCCGAUAUGGGGCCAGGGACCUCAUCGUGUGUGAAUAUGUCACAUUUUAAUUUCAAUCCAACACCGGCACCGGCACCUACACCGGCCACUACGUCAGCAUCGGGUGUCAUACAAUCGGCCGCCAUCGGUGCCAAUCGCCAAUUGCCGGCGACAGUGCAGCCGACGGCUACCACCGACAACAAUGAUAAUGAUAAGUAUAUAACGAUAGCGCCGUUGUUGUUGACACCGGCGACGGCGACUACGGCGGCGGACAUUACGUCCAUAACAACUGCGACCAACACUACUACUACUACUAGUAAUAGUAGUAAUACUACGUUGACAACCAUAAGCACCGGUAGGACAACCAAUAAUAAUAAUAAUAAUAUGAUUGCUAACAAUCAUCGAUACUGUGGCGACAGUCGGCCUAUGGCCUACCCGUCGUUGUCGGUCAGCGACAGUGGCCCGACAUCUGUGUCUACCGCUGCCGUUGUUGGCGGUAGUAGUGGUGGCCAUUAUAGUCAUCGUCGACAUUGUAUUACCGAUUUGUGUCAUUCAUUUUAA